UUGCUUGAGGACCACGUCGUAUUCUAGGCCGAACUGUCCGUGUUGUGCUUGUUGUCGAUAGCAGAUUAAAUUAGUCUCCAUUUCUUGUCUCAAUCAAGUGUGCUACUUUUGUUCUAAUGAUAAACGCAGCUACCAUACGAUCAACUAUACAACGUGCGGAACAUAUGAUAAAUAUUACGCAUUACCUCCCAUUUAUUAAAAAAUAGACUAAAUAAGUUAAACAAAAAAAUGCCGCACAAUAUUUUAAAUAAGAUCAAUAAUUUUGUCAAGAGAUGGCGCAACAAUGUAUAUUAUUGCACGUGUUUAGCACCGUUUUUCGCAUGGUUUUUCGCAUGCACUGAGAUUACUAUGUCUUGUCCAGUGGAGGCGGUUUAGUUUGACUCUUGCGUGCGUUCGUGAUCGAGGAGCUUUGUUAUUGUUGGCAGUUUCUCGCAAUUAUGGCUCAGGAAGACCCAGUUAAGGACCUGAAAGACACUUUGCAAGAAAUAUGUUGCCAAUUACAAGAGGAUCAGGUGCCGCACGAAGUUGUCGAAGGCUUCAUCCUGGAAGAGUUCCUGCCGAGACUUGCCUAUGCAGUUGAAAAAAUUGGCCUCAAUGCCAAGAGAAUCUGCCUUGCCUUUGUGGAGCCACCAGCUCCAACCCCUUUGGAAGUGGCUGGCCUGAUUGCCCGUAUGAAAGCGGCCUGCUUAGAAGUUCUGUCAAUCUUUGCUGAGCUGCCACGAUGUCAAGGUCGGACGCUGAGAAAGGAGGUUGCAGACCAUCUGCGUGAACUGUACGAUGCUGUUAAGGAUUUCGUUUCAGGCAUCGGCCCAGAGAGUGAUUCUUGCCUUCAAGUGGCUGGUAAAUUGUGGGAAAAAUGUGAUGCCAUAAAAAGGAUCUCCAAAGACAACAAAGAAGCUGUUUGUUCUGUUCUUGCAAGCCACUAUGAGUUCAUUCAAGAUGCGGUUGACGAGCUUCGUGAGUCAAUGGAUGAAGAUGAAGCUCUGGCAGUGGAUAUGCCACGUAUGCCUGUUCGCAAUGGCUUCAACCAAACUCGUGCUUUCACUUGGUCUGGAGAGGACAGGGAGUUGCUUAUCCCAGGCAUGGGACUCGUGAAGACAGUCCGCAUUACUAUGCGCAAAGUGAGCGCUGUUGUGAAUUCUCGUGGCCGGUGCAUAAACAUGCAGGAGAACACAGACCUGGACAGAAUAGCCGAUCUGUUUCAGACAUCUAGCUCAUUCAUGGAUGACUUCAUCACAUCCCUCUACCCUCCUCUCUUUGCAACCGCUGUCCAAGAAAGCGGCACUGCACUGAAGGGACAUGUACUUGCCAUGCUGAAGGCAACAAAGGAAAGCCAUUUCUACAAUGAUGCUCGAGAAGACUGGGUUGGCUUUCUGGAGCAUGCCACAGAGCACAACUACCAGAAUCUGCUCUCACGUAUUGCUUUACUUUGAGUGUUACAAGUGAAGUUUGCAAUAAGUUUUGCAAGUUUUUGACGUUGCGGCUGGUCGUCGUGUAAAUAAAGGCAAGAAUGUAACGCCUGAUCGUUGUGUAAAUAAAGGGAAGACAACUUUA